AGAUUUAAUGAUGUGAUGUACAGGUGGAUCUCACUGGAUAACUGGACUUACAGCAGGACUUUCAAAACUCAUUUUGAUGUCAGAAAGUGGCAGAAAGUGAAUUUGGUUUUCGAGGGAGUGGAUACAGUAGCACAGAUCCUGAUCAACAAUAUCACCCUCGGGAGAACAGACAACAUGUUCAACAGAUAUAGCUUUGAUAUUACCAGCAUGAUCAAGGAGGUCAAUUUUGUUGAAGUCCGUUUCUUGUCAGCCGUUUCAUAUGCAGCAGAGCAGAGCAGAUGUCACAAAGCAUACCGCAUCCCCCCGGCGUGCCCUCCACCUGUGCAGAAAGGAGAGUGCCAUGCUAAUUUCAUCAGAAAGGAGCAGUGUUCGUUUAGUUGGGACUGGGGCCCUUCUUUUCCCACUCAAGGAAUCUGGAAAGAUGUUAGGAUUGAGGCCUAUAACCAUUAUCAUCUGAUUUACUUUUCUGUGACUUCUUUCUUUGUAAAGAGUGCUCAGCAGUGGAGUCUUGAAAUCGAGUCUAUUUUUGAUGUAGUCAGCUCCAAGCCCAUUGCAGGUCUUGUGACUGUGAACAUUCCCAAAUUGCAAACACAGCAAACAUUCAGUGUGAAGCUUCAACCUGGAGAAGGCAGCAUUGUGCUGCUUGUAAACAUCAACAAGAGUUCUACAGUGGAGGCUUGGUGGCCAAAUGGGCAUGGAAAGCAAACUGGAUACAACAUGACAACAACUUUCGUCAUGGAGACGGGAUACCAGAUUGAGAAAUUUUCAAAGGCCUAUUUUCGGACAGUAGAACUUGUUCAGGAGCCUAUUCCUGGCUCACCAGGUCUGAGUUUCUACUUCAGAAUCAAUGGCCGACCCAUUUUCAUUAAGGGCUCGAACUGGAUUCCAGCAGAUUCUUUCCAAGACAGAGUGACCUAUGACAUAUUAUGGCUACUCUUGAAGUCUGCAGCAGAUGCUAACAUGAAUGCACUUCGGGUUUGGGGAGGAGGAGUAUAUGAACAAGAUGAAUUUUACGAUAUUUGCGAUGAAAUAGGAAUAAUGAUUUGGCAGGAUUUUAUGUUUGCAUGUGCGCUAUAUCCAACUGACCAGGAUUAUUUAGAAUCCGUAAGAGCAGAAGUUUCUCAUCAGGUAAGGCGUUUAAAAUCCCAUCCAUCAAUUGUUCUGUGGAGUGGUAACAAUGAAAACGAAGCAGCAAUUGCAAGCAACUGGUUCUCCAUACCUUAUGCUGCCAGAGAAGUCUAUAUCAAAGACUACGUGAUGCUUUAUGUGAAGAACAUCCGAGAAAUAGUUCUUACUGAAGAUAAGAGUCGUCCUUUUAUUGCAUCCAGUCCCACCAACGGCUUGGAGUCAGUUAAAGAAGGUUGGCUCUCCCAAAAUCCUUAUGAUACCCAUUACGGUGACACUCACUUUUAUGACUACAGCAAUGACUGCUGGAACUGGACAGUGUAUCCUAAAACUCGUUUUGCUUCAGAAUACGGAUUUCAAUCCUGGCCUUCCUUCAGUACAAUCGAAAAGGUUUCCUCCACUGAGGACUGGUCCUACACAAGCAAUUUUUCUCUCCAUCGACAACACCAUGAAAAUGGCAAUGAUCAGAUGCUUCAACAGAUUGGGCAUCAUUUCAAGCUUCCCCAGAGCACAGAUCCUGUAAAAAAGUUCAAAGAUAUGAUUUACCUCACUCAGGUGAUGCAGGCUCAGUGUAUAAAGACAGAAACUGAAUUCUAUCGGUUUAGUCGAAGUGAAAUAGUCAAGGGAGAAGGACACACAAUGGGAGCUCUUUACUGGCAACUCAAUGACAUUUGGCAGGCUCCUUCCUGGGCUUCCUUGGAGUAUGGAGGCAAGUGGAAACUGCUCCAUUAUUUUGCCCAGAACUUCUUUGCACCACUGCUGCCUGUGGCCUAUGAAGACAAAGGUGUGUUGUACAUUUACGGUGUCUCAGAUCUUCACGUGGACCACAAGAUGACUUUGAGGGUCGUUGUGCAUGCCUGGAGUUCCUUGGAGCCAGUAUGCACCCUUGCCAAAGGCAGUGUGACUGUUAAAGCACAAAGUGCUGUCCCCAUCUAUGAGGAGUCCAUAAAUGACUUGCUGGAAAGAUGCAGAAAUUGUACCAGGAAAAGCUGCAUUGUUACUUUCUGUCUUGUUGGAGAAGGUGGGCUCCAGAGUCCUGUGAACCAUCACUUUCUUUCAUCACUGAAGGAUGCUGUAGGAUUAGAAAAGACCCAGCUUAGUGCCUCUGUAUCCCAACAACAUGACACUUAUAUAUUUGUUCUUCAGACCACUGCAAUUGCUCCUUUUGUUUCUCUGGAUGUAGGGAGUAUAAAGGGCAGAUUUAGUGAGAAUGGUUUCCUCAUGACUGAAAAGAAGAAAGUGGUCAUGUUUUAUCCUUGGGAACCUACCAGUGUUGAAGAAUUAGAAAAGUCGCUAACCUUGACCUCUCUGGUGGACGCUGUCUGA